AUGUUGAGAAAAGCUCUACUACUCGUGCGCGACGUCGCCGCGUCCGCGCACGCUGCUCAUGAGGAAGAACCCCUCUGUGGUUCGAAACUAGUAGAGCUUUUCUCAACAUUUACACAUUUUGUCGCGACCGUAGGAGAACAACUAGUAUUUUACGACAAUGGAGUCAAAUUACAGUCGGAAACAUUGCCGUCCAGAGACCUCACAGCAUUAACUUAUGAUGCUCUACACGAGACCUUAAUAUUUGUCGACAAACAGAGCGACAACGGUUCUAUAUUUAGCUAUAACCAAUUAACUAAACAAUAUCAUAGUUUAGUUGCAAAGAAAACAUAUGAAAACAUCCAAGAUGUCGCCGUUGACCCAAUAAAAAAGUUGCUCUUCUGGACUGACACAUAUGAACGAAGCAUAUACUGGAUUUCAUUGGAGCAUGGAUAUGAGAACUAUGUUUAUGGCAAUCUUUUGUUCAAGAUGGAUUAUGAGAUCCCCAGAUCUAUUGCAGUAGACAGCUGUAGCGGGUAUGUUUACUGGACCAACACUAACGUCACGAAGCCUACAAUAGAGAGGAGUCGCUACAACAGUUUCGAAAGAGAGGUCUUAAUAGAUGAUGACAUCUACAUGCCAGUCAGUUUGACCAUUGACCAGCGGACCAAGAAAAUGUUUUGGGCUGAUGACAAAGAAGGUAUACAUUAUACAAUUGAAACUGCAGAUUUGGAUGGGAAGAACAGAAUAACUUUGAUAUCUGGAUUUUAUCAUCAACCGAAUGCUCUGACCGUCUCGAAAGACUUCGUCUACUGGGUAGAUUGGAGUUACAAAUCUAUUUGGAAAAUAUCAAAGAGUUUAUCAAUAGAUUCUGAGCCUAUAAUUGUGACAGACUUCAAUGAAACACCUUUCGGUAUUGCUGCUAACUAUAAAAUGGAAGAUCAAAUUGAAGGGAACGAAGAAUGCGUUGCACUGAGGGCUUUACUCCCAAGUUACUCUAAAACAAGUGUCUUUGAUUCUAUUGCUAAAAAUGACAAGAAACAAAAACACCAAAAAGCAGCUAACUAUCCUUCCGGGACUAUCAACCCGUUCCAUAGUUCUAUGCGAGAUGAGACGACGACCAGCAUUAAUGAUUUGAUAUUGAUGAAUAUUGAAGGCAAUUAUUUGACGGAUGAGGAACGCAAAAUUGUAUUAUGUCACAAUUUCUGUUUGAAUGGAGUUUGCAACGUUAAUAGCGACGGAAAACCAGAAUGCCAAUGCGAUAAGUUAUAUCUUGGAAAAAGGUGUGAAACCAAUGUGUGCUACAAUUAUUGCUUGAACAACGGCGUUUGUAGUUAUGGUGACAAAGGAUUGCCUGGUUGCAGUUGCCCUAGUAACUACGAAGGUUCCCGAUGUGAGAUACUGAAAAGGCCCAUAAAUGUAUCUGUUAGUCUUAUUUCUGGGUAACUUGGUAUUUUGAUACUUCUAUCUACAUGAAAUUGUGUGCCACACAAAAAACUCAAACAC